AAAUGUUUUGUUUUCAGUGACAUUUUAUAAGUAAUUCUAAAAUAAAUUGUCUUUUUGUUAUGCGCACAAAAUAAUAAAAAAAAACAGUGAUUUCCAGUGGGCAAAAUGCCACUGGAGGAAAUUCUGAGCGUAUGCCUAGAUAGAGCACUGCAGACUGCGUUCAAAUCCUUCCUGUUGCAUUUUUGUCCAAGGUUAUCACAUUUGAUACCGUAUUUAGAGAAUCUUAAUCAAAACUAUUCUAUUAAUUUAUCAAUCUUAAAACCGUACACAUGUUUCAUAAAAUGAACGCAUCGUAUCCCCUCGCUUGUCCAUAUAAAAAAAUGGACGUGAAAAAACUGUACGAAAGUGGAGAUUAUCUAAUUGUUAACAAACCGUACGAUAUGUAUAUUAAUUCAGAUGACGAAAAUGAAAAGAACACAGUAACAUACCACAUCGCCUCGCCAGAUUCACAUCUGUCCACCUCUUUCCAACCUCUGCACUUUGUCCAACGCCUGGACUACGCUACAAGCGGCGUGUUAUGCAUAGCAAAGAACAAAUCUGCGGCUGGAAGGGCGGGAAAGUUGUUUGAAAAACGAUUAACUAAGAAAUACUAUUUGGCGGUUGUGCGCGGCCAUGUUGAGCUGGAUUUGGCUGAUAUUGAGUAUGAUGUGGGAAUGGACCCGUCCACAGCGGACUCUAGUCACCGCAUGGUCGCAGUGACUCCGUCAUCCGACGCAUGCGUGUUACCGCGGGCAGCCCACACGCGGCUGCUACUGCUGGAGACGGGAUAUUACGGGUCUGAUGCUGUUAGUGUGGUGCUACUGAAACCUAUCACAGGGCGUCGUCACCAACUGCGCGUGCACUGCUCGGCGCUGGGACACACAAUCCUCGGCGACUACACCUACAGCGGCGCCGCGGACGUCGCGCCGUACCGGAUGUUCCUGCACGCUACUAGACUAGUCCUACCCCUCCAACAAGAGAGCCUUGACAUAAAAACUCCAGAGCCCUUCUUCUCCGACCAGAAGUUCGCGUCUCAGUGGAAGUCCGAGCAGGUGGUGUGCAAGUACAAGAGCGAGGCGGAGUUCACGGCAGCGUGUGACGUCAUCGACAGGUCUUACGUCAUCGGCGUUCGGUACAAGCUGUUCAGUUGUCGGGAGUAAAUUAUUUGCGUGGAUAA